AUGUGGUCCACCGAGAUGCAUAAGUUGGAGAACUUCUUGUACGAGAAGGAGGGAUCGAAACACUUGAAGCUCAUAGACUUUGGCUUCUCGAAGAUCUGGAAGCCCAACACCAAGAUGCAGCUCAGCUGUGGGACGCUGUCUUACGUCGCGCCCGAGGUCUUGGGCAAGAGCUACGGCAGCAAGUGCGACAUGUGGAGCCUGGGGGUCACGGUGUUCAUCUUGCUGUUCGGGUACAUGCCGUUCUCCGGCUCGGAGGAGACCCAGGUCAGGCUGAUCCGACAGGGCAGGUACAGCCGGAAGGAGAGGGAGUGGAAGAAGGUCUCGUCGGAGGCCCAGCACUUCGUCGAGUCGCUGCUCGUGGUCGACCCCACGGCGAGGCUCAGCGCUGCCCAGGCGUUGGAGACCCCGUGGAUCAAGAAGCGCGACGACGUCUUCACGCGCGACCACGAGAUCGACCAGGCGACCGUCGACGCCCUGAGCAGUUUCGCCCAGGCAUCCCACUUCAGGCGAGCCGCGAUGAACAUGAUGGCUUGGUCCUUGACCAACGAGGAGCGCGCCCAGGUGCGCGACGCAUUCAUAGAGAUGGACACGGACAGGUCAGGGACCAUCAGCCUCAGCGAGUUCAAGAAGGUGAUGCUGGAUAAAUUUCACGUUGAUGACGAGCAUGCCUCGGCAGCUUUCGAGGCUAUCGAUUACAACAAUCAGGAUGAGAUCCACUACUCCGAAUUCUUGGCCGCCAUGGCUGGUUGUCGAAUAAAGAUGCACGACGAUCUGAUCUUGAAAACGUUCAAGCGCUUCGACGUGGACAACAGCGGCUACAUCUCCGGCGGUAACUUGAAGACGGUGUUGGGCGACGCAUUCGAGCAGUCAGAGGUAGAGCGCAUACUGGCCGAAAUAGGCAUGGCGAAUGACGGUCAAAUCUCAUACGAUGAGUUCUUCGCGUAUAUGACGCACCCCGAGACGCAUAGCAAGCAUCAUGAAAUCGCCGCAGCAGUCGUCGAUCACCAUGUGCAGCGCGACGACAGCAGAAAAGCGACAGCCAGGUCGAGGAGGCCGAGCGACCAGGAGAAAGCUACCAGAGCAAAGUCCGAGCAGUGCUGCACCGUCUUUUAG